ACUGUUAUCCGUGGCUCGGACCAAAGCGGAGUCAGUGUGUUAACCACGCCCUUCUCAUGAAUAAUACCACACCUCCCGUUGAACAGGAGAAGGAGGCUAGUGCCAGAGGGAAAUCUCCAGACGUCAGCGCUUGCUCACUCGUGAGCAAGGGAGAUUAACGGCUAUAAUAUCACUAUCCGUGAAGGAUAAGGGUACUCUUAUUUCCGGUGAUGAAAUGGGCGUAGGAAGACACUGGAAUUCGCCUUAUGUACUUCGACUCCGCUGGUUUCCGCCAGGUAUUUACGGAGGAGGACACACUAAGGGGUGGAAAUUAGCACAGACGGCCGUGACCAACCUAUUAUCUACCAGUCAGACGUUGUUUUAUCGCACGUGUAUUGAGGAAAAACAAUAGUUGAGGGACUAUCAGCAGGAAAUAUAUUAAUUUGCAACUAUGUUCCGAAACAGCCUGAAGAUGCUGCUUGGAAGCAGGAGUCGCAAGCUGAACAACGAUGACAGCAGCAUUGAUUCGGACACCUCAGACAUCAGGAUGAUGAAGGGCUUCACUCGCUCACUGCCCUCCUCUCCCCUUCUCAAUCUUCGCCUGGACAAGAGAAAUGCUAUGUAUUCUGUUGAAGGAAGUGCUUUGGACCACAAAGAACCAGAUGAGGCAGAGGAGUUGGGACCACCACCUUCUGUAGACGAAGCGGCUGAUGCUCUGAGGACCCGGCUUGGCUUCCUUCUUGGGGAGAAGGUCACAGUUGGAGAGUCAUGUUUACCUUAUCACAGCCCAAAUGAUGGACAGGGUGUUUGGACAAAUACUUCCCUGAGGUCCAGACACCAUUUAGAAGUUCCAGGAGAGGCCAUGGAAAAGUGGGAGCUGCAAAAGGCCACCUGUUACAUGGACACAGAUCCCAACAUAUAUGCGAAGAUGUCUCCUUCCUCCAGUCUGGCAAGCAGCAACUCUUCCCCCUGCACCACUCCACAGCCUCACACUGGGAUGGAGGGUAACAAUAAAGGCAAACAUGCCUCCUUGUACCAUGCCUCUGUCACCUCCCCCUCCUCCACACUGGAAAGCAGAGACAGUGGAAUCAUAGCCAUGCUGACCAGCUAUUCUGCUGAUUCUGCUGUAGAGCGGGAGGACGGCACCAAGUGUUCUACUGACAGUUACAACGGCAGCAGCCUCAACAUCUGGCAGCAGGAACGCCAGCCAGUGGUGGCGUCCACUUUGUCCUCAAGUGUGAGAUCCACAAGUCGCACCAACGGCAGCUCGAUGUACAGGAUAGAAGAGAGCCUGUAUGCCUCUACCUACAGCCUGAACAAGCUCCACCCAAACCGAGGAUCCAGCUGUUCACGCUCCUCUGGAUCCACCCACUCCAUAGCCCUCAACCUCAUUCCACGCCCCAAUUCAGUCGCUGCCACAAGUUCAGCCCACCUUGAAGACCUAGCCUUUCUGGAUGAUCAACAGAGACAUUUAGCCUCAAAGAUGUCCCUCAGAAUGGCUGGAGAGAAUUCUGGGAAUCGUAAUCAGCAGGACCCUGGAGUUGAUUUUACUCCAGGCCUCAACCUGAAACCACUCCAUUUCGAGGUUCCUGGUCUGUUGUCUGAUUGGCUGUUCAUGGGCAGAGAGUGGCUCUUCCAGGAAGUUGACACCCAUCUGCACGGCAAUGACCCAACAACUAACAGAGGCAUAUUAAUUACUGGCAACAUGGGCUAUGGAAAGACUGCUAUCAUUGCAAGGCUGGUGGCACUCAGCUGUCAUGGACACCACAUGUGGCCGAGCACCACUGGCAAGCAGAUCAUACCCAAAUAUGGAGAAUCGGUUUUGCUCUCAACUGAGUCUUCUGGAAGAGGAGGAGGGGCAGGAGAAGAAAAUGGAGGAGGAAGCUGUCCAGGAACUCCAGAGAAGAAGAGAAGACAACAGGAGGCAUUGUGGAGACUAGCUGGACAGGUAGUGGCCUUUCACUUCUGUCAAGCUGAUAACUGUUACACCUGCCUUGUUCCUGAGUUCGUCCACAACAUGGCGGCCAUGCUGAUCACUGCCCCUCAACUGACCGCCUAUCGAAAACUGUUGCAGCACUCACCUCAGUUGCAGAGCAUCCUCAGUCUGCGCUCCUGCAUUCAGGAUCCGAGCUUAGCCUUUCAGAGAGGAAUACUAGACCCCCUGGAUGCACUCCACAAAGAGAGAAAGCUUCAGAUUGAUGUGGAAGGUCUCAUUGUACUGAUUGAUGGGCUAAACGAGGCUGAGUUCCACCGGCCCGAUUACGGAGAUACACUGACUUCCUUUCUCUCUCAAAACAUUCAAAAAUUUCCUUCGUGGUUGAAGGUAAUUUCUACUGUCAGGACCAGCCAGCAGGACAUUGCUCAAUGUCUGCCUUUUCACCAUAUCUCACUGGACGGAAAGGAGGAAAACAACGCUAUAGACCAGGACCUGGAGGAUUACUUGAUGCAGCGUAUCCACAGCAGCCCUGGGAUCCAGAGCAAUGUGUCGCUGGGCAAUGGUCGCCUUGACAACACAGCACUGACCAAGAUGAUCAGCCACUUGAAGAGCCUAAGCAAAGGCUCUUACCUCUACCUGAAACUGACCCUUGACCUAAUUGAAGGAGGUUACCUUGUUCUGAAGAGUUCUAGCUUUAAGGUGGUUCCAGUCAACCUAGCAGAAGUGUACCUGCUACAGCUUAACAUGAGGUUUCCCACGCAGUCAUCUUUUCAAAGAGUACUGCCUCUGCUUAAUGUUACUGUGUCUUCGCUCCACCCACUGACCGAUCAGCAGUUGUUUGAGGUGGUGAAUGCAGGUUGCCUCAGUGGAGAAACAUUCCAGUGGGGGGAGUUUACACAUCGCCUAGAUCAGCUCUCUUCUUUCCUGCUACAGCGGAGUGACGGCAGCAGGAUGCUUAACCAUGCCUCCUUCAGGGAGUGGCUAGUGUGGAGGGAGGAGGGGCAGGAUGACAAGUUCCUCUGUGACCCAAGAAGUGGACACACCCUGCUGGCCUUCUGGUUCUGCAGACAAGAGGGAAAACUAAGCCGACAGCAGACCCUGCAGCUGGGACAUCAUAUUCUGAAGGCUCACAUCUACAAGGGCUUGAGUAAAAAACUUGGGGUUUCCUCCUCCAUUCUUCAGGGGCUGUGGAUGUCAUACAGCACAGGAAGACUUUGCCCCGUUCUUUCAUCGCUGCGCAACCUCUAUACCCCCAAUAUCAAGGUGAGCAGGCUCCUGAUAAUGGGUGGAGCCAAUGUGGAUUACCGAACUGAAGUCCUUAAUGGUGCCCCCUUAUUGUGUGUGCAUGCUCACCUUGGCCACAAGGAUGUCGUAGCACUGCUGCUCGACCACAGAGCCCAAGUGGAUGCUCAGUCACAUGAUGGUUUAACAGCUCUGGGAUUUGCUGCUGCAGCUGGUCACUUGGACAUAGCCACCUUGCUGAGUCACCACAAAGCCAAGAUUGGCCACAUGGACAGCUCAGGUCGGUGUGUGCUGGUUCUGGCAGCCCAGCACGGUCACCUUGAGGUGCUGCGCUUCCUGCUGAAGAGCCCUGAUUGGAGCUGCACUUCCUGUUGUAGCCAGAAGGGGACGAGCAGGAGCCAAGCUGUGCAGCAGGCUCUGAUUGCAGCAUCAAACAUGGGGCAUGCAGAAAUGGUGUCAUACCUCCUGGAUCUUCCAGAAGAAGAUGAGGAAGAGGAGCAGAGACCUGAGAUUAACACAUAUGACUGUCUGUGGGGGGAGACAGCUCUGACAGCUGCAGCAGGACAUGGAAAACUUGCUGUGUGUAGACUCCUGUUGGAUCAGGGAGCUGCUGCUGAGCAAGGCAACAGGCAUGGCAUCACUCCACUCUUCAGCGCCGUGAGACGGGGACACACACGGGUGGUGGAGCUGUUGCUGAACUAUGGGGUUGAGGUGAACAGUGUGGACCAGCAGGGUCGAACAGCUCUGAUGACGGCAGCCUCAGAAGGACACAUUAUCUCCGCCCAGCUUCUGUUGGAUCACGGGGCCUCUCUCAACCAGAUCGAUAGGGAAGGCUUGACUGCUCUGAGCUGGGCAUGCCUCAAAGGCCAGUUCACAUUGGUCAGGGAGCUGGUGGAGAGAGGGGCAGCCACCGACCAUGCUGAUCGCAGCAGUCGAACACCUCUGGACCUGGCUGCCUUUUGUGGAGACCCUGAAGUGGUCCAGUAUCUAGUGGAUCAUGGAGCGUUGGUGGAGCACAUGGACUGCAGUGGGAUGCGCCCUCUGGACCGAGCAGUUGGCUGCAGGAACACUUCAGCAGUUAUUGCUCUUCUCAAGAAGGGAGCUAAGAUUGGACCAGCAACCUGGGCCAUGGCCACUUCCAAGCCGGACAUUUUAAUGGUGUUACUCAGUAAAAUGAUCCAAGAAGGAGACAGACUGUACAAGCAAGGAAAGGUGAGAGAAGCUGCACAGUCCUACCAGUCAGCCCUCCACAAGUUUCCCAGAGACGAGCUAAAGACCUUCAAACAGCUCAGAGUGUGUGUGCUGCUCAACUUGUCCCGCUGCCGCCGUAAAAUGAAUGACUUCAACCUUGCUGAGGAAUUUGCUACAAAGGCUCUAGAGCUGAAAUCCAACUCCUAUGAGGCCUUUUAUGCCCGAGCCAGGGCUAAACGAAGCCGCAGACAGUUCCAUGCUGCGUUGGAGGACCUGAUGGACGCCAGCCGUCUAUGUCCAUCCAACAGGGAGAUUCAGCGCCUUCUGUCUCGGGUGAAAGAAGAGUGUCGGCAAGUUUCACAGCAACAAGACCCUCCCUCUGCUUAUCAACACCAGAUGGCAGUGUCCACCAAUGAAGCCAGGUGUAGGGAUUUCAACUGUCUUCAUGUGCAGAACAUGGAAAGCUUUAACAGGGAAGAUAAGGAAGUUGAGAAAGAAAAAGAUGGGGAUUUCAGGGAAGACGAAGACUUUUUGUCCUUUCAUCCUCCUCACACAGUCUACAGUCUUGACACCCAUUGCUACCCUGGACUGAAAUCACCAUCUUCUCUCUCUCCGACUCACAUGCAUCAGUGCCUCUCUAAUCCCACUCAUUUAGCAGACCUCUCUUCCCCCAGUCAUUCUUUGCUACCUCCCACUUCCCCCAGCCAACCUCAUGUCAGUGAGACUCCUUCAUCACCCCUGCAGCAUCCACAAAGAGCUGGCUCAAUGUUUGAAAGUAGAGGACAACACCACCUUCAAACGGUCUCAGUGCUUAGCCCAGCAGAUCAUAAUCAGGGCAGGCAGCAGAACAACCUUGGUUCCAAUCAGAAAUCCCUGCUUAAACGCAGCCCUUCCAAAAGCCUGGGGCUCCAGAAUACCAAGGCUGAGGUCGUCCUAAGCAGUCAGCCAAGCUCCUCAGACCACUCUGAUUUGGUUUUAGGGAGUUCUGCCUACUCCCAGUUUACCAAUCUUCCUGAAGAGUUAGCAGAGUUAUGGGAAGACUUUUACCCUAGACCGUUUGAUGUCAGACAUGGCCCACUUGUCCGUGGUGGUGUUUGUUCCAGAGUGACUCAUGUUUUGGACAAUGUGGGUGUUUCACCUGUUUGCCAGACGCAAGCAACACCUGUGCAUGGCAGAGGAACAGCAGCGGACCGAAUGGUAGUAAAUGAUUUUAGCCAGUCUCGACAGUUCAGCCGCAACCAGUCUAAAGCAGCUUACUACCCAAUGGAAGUUACAGAGGCAACUAUGGGCAAUAAGUCACUGCAAGACUUUCACUAUAAACACCAGGGUGGAGUUCAUCUUCCUCUUAAUGCCCACCCAACCUCCACCUUCACUCCUCCUCCCAGGUCUCUUAUACACUCCCAGAGUGUGAAUGUGCGCUUUUCUUCUAACAUUGCAAGUGGGCUGCUAACUAAUGAAGGUCAAGGUUUCAGGACCUCAGCCUCUGUCCAGCACAUGGAUCUACCUUCAGAAUCUAUGGGAGAUGCUUAUGGUUGUCAUGAUGAUCCUUUUCUUAAUUCCUCUCUGCAGUCAGAGAUCUGCAUGACUGGAGGAGGGACAUAUCCUGGAGAGGCAGGACGCUCUUCCAGGAACACACCUUUUAUGGGUAUAACAGACAAGUCGGUACGGGUGCACCAGCAGUACCAGCAGCAGGUUCCUUCUAGUUCAGCAUCCUGCCUCAGCCUCUCUCGCUCCUGGGCUGUUUCUUCAGUCGACACGAUUGUCACGUCACCUAGCAAAAGCAGUGCUAACCAAAGAGGCUUGGCUCCAGAAGCACUAAUAUCUAAUGCCUACUAUAAUUGUAGCAACAACAACGCUCACAACAGCCACCUCCACCUCACACAGGUCCAUUUGGACCUGUGUGAGGUGGCCCCUGGUAACAGCCGAUGGAAUGAAGAUUCGGGGCAUGUUUCAAGUCAGAACCCUUCCUAUCUUGAUGUGAAGGUUGCCCAAACACUGCCGGUUAGCCAAAACUGCUCUGACAGGUCAGUAGAAAGGAUUGCACCUACCUCUCCUGUCAAACCAAAAAAACCCUUUGUUGAGUCAAAUGUGUAAAGAAGAACAAAAAAUAAAAAAGGUUUAAAGGAACUCAUCGGGAAGUGUAUUUCAAGUUGGGGUUUGGAAUUAAUAACUGCUUAAAAGAAACUAGUCUCAGAAGUUAAAAAGUCAAAUGCACAACUCAAAUCGCAAAUGGCACUCACUUCCAGGUUUUGGCUGGACAAGACUGCACUUAAUUGGACAUUGUCAUCGGUAUCCAGCAGAAUUCUAAAAGAGUCUAAAGUAUAUUCUAAAAUUUUGAAGAGAGUUAUAACUCUUAAGAACACUUUGCCAAUUGCUGCACAUUCAAUAUCAGUUUUUAAAUGACAGCACACACUGUAAGCAUUUACUCUUGCAUUGAAGUUUAACAACAAACAACAUUUUACCUGGUUUGGUAUCUUCAGACAGAGCAAGGAAUGAUUAUUGGGGAAAAAGAACAACAAAUUUUCAAUCAUCAAAGCCACAAAAUGGUAGAGGAGUAUUCUGUGAAAUGGAAACAGUUGAAAAAACAUCAAAAUUUUUCUCUUUCUUGUUCAUCUCCCUUAUCUUUCAUGCCUUUUCACAGAAAAUAGCUCAGUAUUAUAGCGAUUCACUAAAGUAAAUGAAGCACCACUGUUACCUUUUCCUGUUGCAAUGCCAUCUAAAAUGACAUAAAUAGAGAGAAGUGGGCUGUAAAAAUUGUUGUUCAUCAGCAUCUUAGACCCAAAGCCAGAGCUUAAGAAAGUCGGACAAUGCAUUAAAGUUAUUAAACACUACUUUUGCUGUGAAUAAAAUGGUUUCUAUUUAUCAGA